AUCUAUCUAUCUAUCUAUCUAUCUAUCUAUCUAUCUAUCUAUCAAAAUAAAGAUAGAAAGCAAGACAUUGUGUUCACAGCUUUUUUAAUCACAACAAUUUUGUAUAACAAAAUACGACGAUCGUUACACACCAUUAAAGCUGAGUGGGUCUGCCACACAUUGCUACUUUUUCUCACAGCUGAACUUGAAUAUGCACACACAAUGCAAACAAAUCCUAAUGUACCCAAAGAAAACUGAUAGAACUAGCCAAGUAACAACUUUUAAAGAUGUCUGACCAUAGAAAGCGUUACAGAGACUACGAUAAUGACAGUUCAAGAGACAGAAAAAGACCUAGAUCUGGUCCUUUGAAUGUUGAAGACCGAUUAGAAUCCUUGAUUACUAGAGUUGGUGAGAAGAGUACAUCUUCUUUGGAAAGCAAUUUAGAAGCACUUGCUAAUGUUCUCGAAACAGACAUGCAGAGUCAUAAACAAAGGAUAUUGCAAAUCUUGUGUACCUGUGUUACAAAUCAUCCUGAAAAAGCAACUAUAUAUUCCACAUUAGUUGGAUUAUUAAACGAGAAAAGCUUCGAAUUUGGUGGUGAGUUUCUGGAGCUUAUCCUGAAUAACUUAAAUGAUGUGAUCCAUUCUGGUAGUUUCGAAAGAGCACGGCUUAUGGUUCGCUUUAUUUCUGACUUAAUCAACUGCAAUUUCUUGGUUGCUGCAUCAUUAAUAUCAUUUCUUGAACAAUUCAUCAAUGAGGCUUCUCAGUCUGCUGUACCCCAGGUUCGUUCUGACUGGUAUAUAUACACAGUGUUAUCAUCACUGCCAUGGUGUGCCAAGGAAUUAUCAACAAAGAAACCAAAAGAAUUUGAAAGGCUGAUGGAUUUAAUCGAAGUUUAUAUUAGGGAAAGAAAUAAACUGCAUGUUAAAGCACUUCGUGUUUGGUCAUCAGACAAACCACAUCCACAGGAGGAGUACCUAGAUUGUUUGUGGGAACAAGUAAAAACAAUGAAAGAGGAUGAUUGGCAGGAAAAACACAUCAGACGUCCAUAUAAAGCUUUUCACAGUGUGCUUUGCAAAGCGUUACCUCAUCCUCUUCAAUUGAUCAAACUUCCACCGCAUUCUGAUAUUAUUCGUUACCCACUACCAAGUGUUAUUUUUCGAAUGUUCGAUUACACUGAUGCGCCAGAGGAGAAACCAAUUCCAGGAGCACAUGCUAUUGAACGUUAUUUGGUUGAAGAAACAAUAUGGAGGAUUAUAUGCACACAUUAUAAAGACAAGAAAGAAUGUGCUUCUCAAUUGAUAAAUUGUGCCGCUAAAAAUAAAGUUUCCAUUGAGUAUAUCAUUAUCGAGAUUUUGUUCGGUGCAAUGUUUCGUCUCCCAGAGCCAGAUCAUUUGUUUUUAUUUUAUGGUUCACUGACGAUUGAGCUUUGUAAACUUUCGCCUGAAUCAAUGCCUGGAGUUGUUGCACAAGCAGUUGAAUUAUUAUUUGAACGCUUAGAUACAAUGAACAUCACAUGCAUCGACAGAUUUAUUGAUUGGUUUUCUUACCAUUUAAGUAACUUCCAAUACAAAUGGACUUGGGAGGAUUGGAUUCCAUACGUUGAUGCGAGUACUGAAGAACCCAAAGUGAGGUUCAUCACUGAAGUUCUCGGGAAAUGUCAACGGUCAACAUUUCAAGAAAAUCUUAAUGGCAUCAUACCAGAUGAGCUUCAUCCGUUGAUACCUGAACCAACUCAAGGAUUUUUCAGAUUUGAAAUUGCUGAUUCAGAGGAAAAUGGAAAAAAUACUGUUCGCAAAUUAAUAGACGGAAUCAAAAUGAAACAAGACACUCAUGAAUUGCUUGGAGUUUUAUACGAAAUUCCUGCAUCUGAAAAAUCAUAUUACGACGAUGAUGUGAUCGCUAUUGAUCCAAACAUACCAGCGUUGAGAAUUGAAUGUUUCAUGCUGACUAUUUUACGUGCUGGAUUGAAAUCUAUCACUCACACAUACAGUGCUUUGACCAAAUUUCAUGCGAUGUUUACAGAAAUGAUUACUAACAGAUCAGAACAAAUGCAUUGCUUGCGAGCUGUUCGAGAAUUUUGGGGACGAAAUCCUUUGAUGAUGUUAGUCGUGAUUGACAAGAUGGUCAAGUUACAAUACAUCCAAUGUAGUACAGUUGUGAACUGGAUUUUUGCUCCUGAGAUGGAGUCUGAAUUCACCAAAUUUUCAACGUGGGAGCUUCUUCAUAACACAUUGAAGAAGAUGAUGAAACAUAAAGAAAAGGUAAAGAAGGAUUUGGAGGAUGCGCAUGAAAGGUUGGAUGUUUUGAUCGACAAAGCCAAGAAGGAGCAACGAAACCAUGCGGAAUCCGACGAUGAAGACGACACGACGCAACUCGACAUCGAAAGGCGUCAGGAAGAAAUUGAAGAACUUACGGAAAAAGUUGAAACAGCGAAGAAGGAUCAAAAAGAACUUUUUCUAAUUGUGUUCCAGCGCUUUACAAUGAUUAUCACUGAACACAUAGCUGAGUGCAAUCGAGAAGGUCGAAGAAUUGCCAACUCUUGGUACAGAUACACACUUCAGAGAUUACAAGAAAUAUUUCUCUUGUACCAUGUUGAGAUCGAUCAAUACGCUGAUAAAAUGGAAAAGCUAAUAUUUACGCCAGAUAUAGCACCUCACAUUCUCGAAGUAUUCCGUCGAUACAAGUCGCUACGAUCGUAGUAACAGAAUUUACGAAAUGCAAAGUGCUCGAUAACUCGAUAAAGCAUUUGAUGGUGUACAACCGUUGUAAAGAUCACUGAAAGUCACGUGAUAUGAACCUAUUUCGAAGCUAUGUAUUAUAUUUUUACCCAGGAAAAGAAACGCGGAUUUCAGGAUAA